AUAUAAGAGUGAGCACUUUUGAGUUAAGACAAAAGGCCCACCUUUCUGCAACGUGGCAACAAGUUGAUCGCUCUUUCAUCUUCCCGUUGUCAACAGAAUCAUCUUUGCUAUUCUUUUUAGACCUCAAACUAUUCAUGCACCGUAUAUAAACCUCUUUUCAACCUCUUAAUCUUCCCGUCAUUUCCGUCCGCAAUUAGUUGUCACGUUUAAAUUAUGCAACAAAGAAUUUAACGAUCCAGAAAAAGAAUAAAUAGUAAUGGGUGGUAAGAAGCUAAUCCAAAGAAUACACAACAUUCUAAGCUUGAUAGUGUUUACAUUCUUUGAUUUACUUGAUUAUGUUUUAUGCAUAGUUUACUCAUACCUUGAUGAGUUGUUUGAGAAGACUGCGUCAUCAACUUCUUGCUACUGUUCUAGGAGAGAACAAGAAAAAAAUAAUGAUAAUAUUGAGCAAGAUGAAGUUUCAGAGACAUUAUAUAAGAGGCCAAACUUAUUUAGAGAUAUGGGUUUGUUAAACUCAAGGAGGAUGAGGUUGCAGAGAAGUUCGUCGAAACUCAUAGCUAAUAGAUGGUCUGAUUGUGGGUGUGAGUCUUGUGUUGCUUGGAUUAACAAUGGCGACAAUCUUCGGCUUCAUGUUGUAGUUCAUGAUCCAGAUUUAGACGACAAAUUGAGCGAAAAUGUGAUAUUUUUGCACGGUUUCAUCUCUUCAUCCUCAUUUUGGACAGAAACAGUUUUCUGUAAUUUAUCAGAACAUACAAAACAGAAUUACAGGUUGUUUGCUAUCGAUUUGUUGGGAUUUGGAAGAAGUCCGAAACCAAGAGAUUGUUUGUAUACAAUACGAGAUCAUAUAGAAAUGAUUGAGAAAUCGGUGAUCUUUCCAUAUAGAUUGAAUUCCUUCCAUUUGGUUGCUCACUCCAUGGGAUCCAUUAUUGCAUUCGCUUUGGCUGCCAAGUAUCCUCAACAUGUCAAGUCUAUUACUUUGAUAGCACCACCUUACUUCCCUUCGGACAAUAAUAAGCAAGAUGCAAGCUUAUUUACACUCGGAAAAGUUGCUGAGAAAAGGUUGUGGCCUCCAUUACUGUUUGGUUCAUCAUUUAUGUCCUGGUAUGAGCACUUGGGUCGAACUGUGUGUUUCAUACUAUGUCGAAAUCACAAGAUUUGGGAAUUUCUUCUAAGGCUAAUCACAUGGAGAAGGGACCUUCAUUUCACAAUUAUGGACAUAACAAGGCAUACUCAUCACUCAGCUUGGCAUACCAUGCAUAAUGUGAUUUGUGGAGGCUCAAAAUACAUGGAAGAAUACUUAAGUAUCUUGCGCGAUGCUAAGGUGAAACUUACGAUCAUUCAAGGCAAUGAAGAUCAAGUGGUACCAAUUGAAUGUAGUUCCAGCAUUAAAAUGAAAGUUCCUGAGGCAGAUGUUAGAAUUAUACCCAAGACUAAUCAUUCUACUAUUGUACUCCGGCAUGCAAAGGAGUUCACACAAGAUCUAGAGAGUAUUUGGAUGUCAUGUCAUUGAUCUUGAGCUAGCUAUUCACUAUUUAUUGUCGAAAUAUAGAGUGUUUAUCUAGUCGAGACAAAAUUAGAAGUUGAAUUUCCUAUAAAGUAGAUAUGUGCACUACAUUUUUUUGAUUGGUUGCAACGUAGGAAAAAACUUUCAAUGUAAGGACAUGAUUAAUUAAUUAGGACUCCCUAAGUAAGUGGUACUUUCCAUAAAAAGUGAAACUUUAUGCAGUCAACCCAUCAAAAUUUGACUAUUAUUUUUGGAAA